UUCCAGCUUCCCGUGCAACAUGACCAAGAAGAGGAGGAAUAACGGUCGCGCUAAGAAGGGCCGUGGGCAUGUGCAGCCCAUCCGCUGCACCAACUGUGCCCGUUGUGUCCCCAAGGACAAAGCCAUCAAGAAGUUUGUCAUCAGGAACAUAGUGGAGGCGGCGGCCGUGAGAGACAUCACAGAGGCCAGUGUCUUUGACCCUUAUGUUCUGCCCAAGCUCUAUGUGAAGCUGCACUACUGUGUCAGCUGUGCUAUCCACAGUAAGGUGGUGAGGAACCGCUCCUGUGAGGCCAGGAAAGACCGCACCCCACCGCCAAGAUUCAGGCCCGCUGCUGGUGCACCAAGAGCUCCUCCAAAACCCAUGUAAAGCAGAAUCUGAAGAUGCUGUACACUUGAAGAAUAAACUAAAAAUUCUUUACAAAAA